AUGAAUGUGAACAUCACGGAGCUGUUCAGUUCUGGAACCCUGGCAGAUUACUACAAGCUGUAUGGGAAGCAUUUGAAAAUCAACACGUUGAAGAGCUGGGUGAAGCAAAUCCAGAGUGAGCUGGAGUAUCUGCACACCUGGAAGCCGCCCAUAGUCCACCGAGAUAUCAAAUGUGACAACAUCUUCAUAAAUGGAAACACGGGCGAGGUAAAAAUUGGGGAUAUGGGGUUCGUCAAAGAAAUAAGAGAGGUGAGGCUGGACAUGGUCGUGGGAACGCCGGAGUUCAUGGCGCCAAAGCUUUUGGACCUGGACUACAACCAACUAGUGGACGUGUAUGCAUUGGGCAUGAGCGUGCUGGAGAUGUUAACUAGGGAGUACCCGUACGAGGAGUGCAAGAACAUGCGCGAGAUCUUCAUGAAAGUUAAGGCUGGGUAG